UCUGUUGUUGAACAACAAAGAUACCCAAGAGAUCGAAGAAGAAACUAACUCAAAAUAUGGCGAACAUAAGGUUUACAAGCUUUGUAGUACUACUCGGCCUUCUCUUUGUUAUGCAUGCCCUAAGGGUCUCUUCUACAGACGCUGAUCAUCAAGGUGGUGAGGAAGGAGUACUUCAUGAGGCACUUUUCGUCGGCGGGUCGAAGAAGAUAGGGCUUGGAGGAAGGAAAAUGGCAGUGAAGAAAGUUCUGAUCAGGAAGGAGAUUGAAAAUAAUGGAGGGACAGCAGAGAUUUCAGGAAAGGACAGUAAUGCUCCAAAAAGUUCACCCGGUGGAUAUCAAGAAAAAGUGAAUAAUCAGAAUAAUAUGAAAAUGUUAAGACCAAAGGCAUCGAAAUCUGGCAGCUUGGGAAUUCCUAGGAGUACUGAGGCAGCCCAACUCCCAAACACCAACACAGAGCACUCUCAAGAUUCCAAGGCCAGCUUGGAGAGUUCUUCAAGGUCCGACAAAACAGACGUCUCUCGAGAAACUUCUCAGAGAAAUGAAACACAAAGGCUUCUUGAGGCCACCAAAGAGAUUGUAAACCUGAUGCAUAAGGAUUAUAGGGGAUUGGCUCGCCGCAGCCCACCCAUCCAUAAUCAGGAGCCUUGGCAUUGAGUCAUCAAUGGAAACCCUAGAUAGGUUUAGGCUCACAAUUUUGCCCCAAUAGUACUACUAGGAAGUGAAGUUCCUUAGCCUACAGUAUUAAAUAGUUAUCGAUCCUUUUUUUUUUUUUUUUUACUGGGUCACUGCUAGCGGCAUGCAAGCUCGCAUAGAAACUAUGACUGUUGUUUGUUUCUUUCUUUCUUUGACAUGAAGUAGAACUCAUAGAAGUGCUGUACAUUAAGUGUGCCUUCAUAAGACUUUGGUUAUGUGAUUAGACCAG